UCCUUUGCAGAUCUUUGAACCCCAACUGAGUCAUCGUCAACUUGGUUCAAGAUGCCACCGGCCAUCGGAGGCCCUGUGGGAUACACUCCUCCUGAAGGAGGAUGGGGAUGGGCCGUGGUCAUCGGAGCCUUCAUCUCCAUUGGGUUUUCCUACGCCUUCCCCAAAUCCAUCACCGUGUUCUUCAAAGAGAUUGAGGUCAUCUUCAACGCAUCCAGCAGCAAAGUCUCAUGGAUCUCCUCCAUCAUGCUGGCUGUCAUGUAUGCAGGAGGUCCCAUCAGCAGCAUCCUGGUGAACAAAUACGGCAGGCCGGAACCCAAUCUCUCCGGGUGCGGGCUGAUUGCAGCCUCUUUCUGCAACACGGUGGAGGAGCUCUACUUCUGCGUCGGAGUCGUAGGGGGCCUUGGACUCGCGUUUAACUUGAACCCAGCCUUAACCAUGAUCGGCAAGUACUUCUUCAAGAAGCGUCCCCUGGCUAACGGGUUGGCGAUGGCGGGGAGCCCCGUCUUCCUCUCCACUCUGGCGCCUGUGAACCAGCUCUUCUUUGGCAUAUUUGGCUGGCGUGGCAGCUUCCUCAUCCUCGGUGGUCUUCUGCUGAACUGCUGCGUCGCCGGAUCCCUGAUGCGGCCCAUAGGCCCCAAGCCGGAUCAGCUGAAGAAAGAGGCCAAUAAAGAGGUGCUGCAGGAGGCUGGGAAAGUGGUGAAAAAGGACGAUGGCGACACCAGCGCAGACCUCAUUGGCGGGAAGACCAAGAAACAGAAGAGCACGCUUUUCCAGACGAUCAACAAGUUCUUGGACCUGUCCCUGUUCACGCACAGGGGCUUCCUGCUCUAUCUGUCGGGCAACGUGAUCAUGUUCUUUGGGCUCUUCACUCCUUUGGUCUUCCUCAGCAAUUAUGCGAAGAGCAAGAAGAUUGCUAAUGAGUCUGCAGCCUUCCUGCUCUCCAUCCUGGCCUUUGUAGACAUGGUGGCCAGACCUUCCAUGGGACUGGUGGCAAACACCAAGUGGAUCAGACCCCGAGUCCAGUAUUUCUUUGCCAUCUCUGUGAUUUACAAUGGGGUGUGCCACCUCUUGGCCCCCAUGUCCACCACCUAUGCUGGCUUCUGCAUUUACGCUGGCUUCUUCGGCUUUGCCUUUGGCUGGCUGAGCUCGGUCCUGUUUGAGACCCUGAUGGACCUGGUGGGAGCACAGCGAUUUUCCAGUGCCGUCGGCCUGGUGACCAUCGUGGAGUGCUGCCCUGUGCUUCUGGGACCCCCUCUGCUAGGUAGGCUCAAUGACAUGUACGGUGACUACAAGUACACGUACUGGGCCUGUGGGAUCAUCCUGAUCGUCUCAGGGAUCUACCUCUUCAUCGGGAUGGGCAUCAACUACCGGCUGGUGGCAAAGGAGCAGAAGGUGGAGGAGAAGGCGAGGAACGAAGGGAAGGAGGAGGAGACCAACGUCGACGAGGCUGAGAAGCAGAAAGAGGCAAACAAUGACGUGGCCCCGUCACCUCAGAAGAGCUCGGAGGAUGGUGUCAAAGAGGAGGAGAGCCACAUGUGA